GGCGAAUCCACACAAGGUGACUUCGCUAUAACAGCUGAUUUGUGGUUUUUCUUGCGAUUAGGUGGUUUGAAGUUCAAGUGCCCUGCUUCUUUGUUGUUGUCUUAUUUGUGUGUUUACUUUCUCACGAAAGUUGCAAAAACAAAAGCGUGUAAAUGUUGUUGUUACUCUACCGAAGUCACCUUCUAUGAAUUCGCCUUGAUUUCUUACUUUUAUUCAAGACGAUUGAAAUUUUGAUAUUCAAAUCCACACACACAAAUGUAAAUACAUAUACGCUUUUUUUGCAUAGCUGUUAUCACCUUGGAAGGAGCUUUGCCAAAUUCAAUUCCACUUAUAGUUCCAAUUCCACUAUAUUCUUCUAUAUUAGUCCUAUUUGUUUUAAAUGGCGUGAACAAUUUUGAAAAAUAGUCGUUUAAAUCCAAUCAGAAUAAUUCGGUUUUAAUAAAUGAGUUUGAUCUCAGUGGUGGUAAAAGAAGUGCAACAAAGCAAAGUGUUUGGUGACAAGUUCAAGAAACGAGUGUUCACCUACUUUUUUGUCAAUAUUUAUAAAGCAAAUCCAAAAUUUUAACGACAAGUAGUUUUAAAGUCCGUUGGUGAAUUUAUACAAAGUGUGAGUAGGUGUAAAAGAAAUUGUGGAAAAUUUAUUCAUUAUUAGCAGAGCAGCAGUGAACGACGCAGGAUAAAAUUAAAGCAAAGCAUUUACGCAGAAGAUGGUGCGCAGCAUUUUCUCACAACGCUACAAUUACGCAAAAAUCCGCGUCAAUGAGGCACUGGAUGAUGUCUUUCGACGCAUUCCGAUUUUUCCGAAAAUUGCCAAGCUACCGAAACUGAAGCGCACCUACUACAUUGCCACGCCGAAGCCGAUGGUCGAGAAGAAGAACAAGACGAAGGCAAAGCAUAAGAAAUCGCUGCCUUCCUCCGAUUGGUAUGACAGUGAUUCGAUACCGAUGACAACGCGCUACGAACUCGAAAUGAUUUUGGAUACGCCGCUUAUGGAACGUUAUUCCGGCCACAACUCAAAAGGCACAUUCAGCCACGUCUACUGGAAGGCACUUGAUGCGGAUGAGGGGCACGUACCGCACGCACCGUUCACACAAAUGGGCAAUGGACACAUCAACAAUGCAGAAUCCACGAUGCGUAAAAGUCAAGCCGUCAGUAGCAAAUCACCAUCCAUUGGCCAACCGUUGGCGGCGAACAUAUCGACGACAUCCAGCACAUUGACGACGGUGACAACGCCGGCUGUACCAUAUCAGGCCUCACUUGGUGCGUACAGUGUGAAAAAGGAGCUGCCCGAACAACCUGCGCAGAAAUAUGUGCAUGAAACGCCCAAAAGUUUGGCAGCUACAAGGGAAUCGCACGACUUUGAAUUCGCAGUGCCCGAGCUGAAUAAGCGGCGCCGCAAUAAACAUCUCGAGAAGAGCUACGAAUGCGAACAGUGCCACAAAAAGUUCGAUCGGCCCUGGGUGUUGCAUGGCCAUAUGCGUCUGCAUACUGGCGAGAAGCCAUUCGUGUGCCCGGUCGAGGCGUGUCAGAAGCGUUUCGCUGAUCGCUCGAAUUUGCGCGCUCAUCAACGCACCAAGGGUCAUCACAAUUGGAGUUAUCAGUGCCCGCAGUGUACGAAGGCGUUUAGUCAGGAGAACUACUUGAGUCGCCAUAGUCUGGAGGCUUGUCGUAAAUUUUUAGCAUCGCACAGAAAUGGUUGAGACUCACCGAUACACAACCACAAUUCAUGGAGCAACCUGUUCUUGCCACUGUGUCUUAGCGCGUAGUAUUUUUGUUGUUAUUGUUUUUGUAGUUGUAUUUUUAGAAGCAUGAGUCUUUUGUGAAAGCAUCUUAUUUGAAUUGUAUUAUUUUGAAAAUAAAC